CGACUAGAAGUAGGACUUCUGGAUGUUAUAAUGGUGCCGUCUCGCACGGAUCUGAAUCAUCUACGUUGCGAUCGUUCGAGAGUCUGAUCAAAUGACUCUCGGAAGCAAGACUUGUUCUCCUGUAUGGUUUAUGAUAUCGAGCUUGCAAACUUCCGGAAGACUCCACGCUGACAACGUGGAAAUAUUUUACCACGGCAAUUCUAUCUACGCCGCCGCGUUUGACUUGGCAAAACGGUGAACAGCACGACCGCGCUUCCUGAGAUCGUACCUUUACCAUUACCGUAGCCUAGGACUUGAACGACUACGUCAAGAUGCCACUCUACCAAAUGUUCUGCAUCGCCAGUCAUUUUAGGGAAUACAAACACAUAAAAGACCUGGUGACCAUGUCUGCAAUGCAUGUAAUGAACGAAGGCGGCGUAGUGCGAAAUAUCCAGUUCAACGGAACACAGACGCUUCCUGAACGAAUGCGGCGCCAUAAACAGUAUUACACCAUCGGAGAUUAUUGGACGAUGCAUUUUGACACUUCGCCUCGCACACUACGUACACUGGCUGGAAUGAUGCGCCGAGAUCAUCGCGUCAUAAGGUGGACGAUGUUGAAGUUGGGUGAGAAGGCGGAAAAUGUGGUCACUUCACCUGAGCAGACGGUGGAACGCCAUUUACCAACAUCACCGAGCAAAACCAACUCUCAUUGGUCCUCGUGA